UAUCACGUGACCGUACGCAACCUGCAAUUGGACUUGCCUUUAAUUUUCACCAACCCCAGAACCUCGCCUUUGUAACCAAAGCUCACUAAAACGCGCCUUGUCCGACCUUAAAGCUUCCCUCCAUAACGGAAUUGCAAGAGGAAAAAAAAAAACCCAAACCCUCUAUAAAUCCAACCAACAAACAAACAAAAAGACGCGAAUAAAAAUUCAGCCAACAUGAAGCUCGUUAGGUUCUUGAUGAAGUGCGUCAACGAGACGGUGACGAUCGAGCUGAAGAAUGGAACAAUCGUACACGGUACCAUCACGUCGGUCUCGCCGCUGAUGAACACGGCCCUGCGGACGGUCAAGAUGACCCCCCGCGGCCAGGACCCCAUCUCCCUGGACACCAUGAACAUCCGCGGCUCCACGAUCCGCUACAUCAUCCUGCCGGACUCGCUGCCCUUAGACACCCUCCUGAUCGACGACUCGGUGAAGCCCAAGAACAAGGCGCGCAAGGAGGCCGCGGACAGGAGCGUUCGCGGAAGCGUCCGCGGCAGAGGCCGAGGACGGGGCCGCGGUCGUGGACGGGGCAGGCCGUGAGAGAUAAAUAAGAGGGGUGACUUAGUAGCUGCAAGCUUGCUUUAGAAGUGUCGGUGAUGCUAUGUUAGGGCAGAAUUU